AUGGCCCGGUUGAGCGUCUCCAGGGUCCUCAGACCGUGCCUCGGCGGUGGCGCCGCCGCCUUCUCCGGCGGCCCAAGCCUGGGAUAUUCAGCAGAGGAGCCUCUGAAAGUUCGUCUCUCGUCGGCGCUCAGAAGCUGCUGCUGCCCCGGCGAUCUCCCCAGGGGCCGCCAGAUCCACGCCCAGAUUAUCGUCAAUGGGAUUCCCGAUCUGCAACAGUUGCAGGCGAGGGUUCUAGGCAUGUACAUGCUCUGCGGGAGCUUCUCCGAUGGGAGGUCACUUUUCAUAAUCUCAGAGAACAGGAUUCCCAUGGCCUGGAACUGGAUGAUCCGGGGUUCCGCCAUGGCCGGCCUGUUCGAGCUCUCCCUGCUCCUGUACUUCAAGAUGUUCUCCUACGGAGUCGCUCCUGACAGGUACACCUUCCUCGCCGUUCUCAGGGCAUGCGUGGGACUGCGUGCCCCAGAUCUCGGAAGCCUCAUCCAUGGAACUCUCGUCUCCAUGAAAAUGGAAGCGGACCCUUUUCUGGGGAGCUCCCUGAUCAAGCUCUACGCAGACAAUGGCCUCAUCGGCCAUGCCAGGAAGGUGUUCGACGGAAUUCUCGACAGGGAUUCCGUGCUCUGGAACGUCAUGAUCGACGCCUACGUGAGGAACAGGAACUCUAGAGAGGCCCUCGCCCUGUUCAACGCCAUGAGAAGCUCGGAGACGGCGGCGCCGCCCAACGAGGUCUCCCUCGCCUGCGUCCUCUCCGUCUGCGCCUCGGAGGGGAAGCUCGGACAUGGCGCACAGAUCCACGGGCUCGCCAUGAAAUUCGGGCUGGACAUGGAAUCCUCUGUGGCCAACACCUUGCUGUCCAUGUACGCGAAGUGCAGGUGCUGGGCCGAGACGACGAAGCUGUUCGAGGAAAUGCCUCCGGGCUUCGGGCCGGUGGCGUGGAACGGGAUGAUCUCCGGGUACGCGCAGAACGGGAUGGAGGAGGAGGCCGUUGACUUUCUGCGUAGGAUGCAGGUCGCCGGAGUCAGACCCGACUCGGUGACGCUGGUCAGCGUGCUCCCCUUGUUCUCCUGCAGGGCUUCGCUGAAGAAGGGGGAGGAGAUCCACGCCUACAUUAUCAGAAAUGUGGUCGAUCUGGACGCGUUCUUGAAGAGCGCCCUCGUUGACCUGUACUUGAAGUGCAGGGAGGUGGGGACGGCGGCGAAGGUCUUCCGGGAAACGGGGACCGUUGACGUGGUGAUAGUCAGCGCUAUGAUAUCCGGGUACGUCCUCAACGGGUACAGCGGUGGCGCUCUGGCGGCGUUCCGGGAGCUGGUGGCGGCGGAGAUGAAGCCCAACGCGAUCACCAUAGCCAGCGUCCUCCCCGCCUGUGCGAGCCUUGCGGCCUUGAAAGCAGGGAAGGAGCUCCAUUGCCAUGCACUGAAGAACGCAAUGGAAGAGAUUUGCUUCGUGGGCAGUGCAUUGAUCGAUAUGUACGCGAAAUGCGGUUGUUUGGAUCUUGCCCACCAGAUAUUUGAAAGAAUGCCCGAGAGAGACUCCAUCUCCUGGAACUCCAUGAUCUCGAGCUUCGCUCAGAACGGGUCGCCGGAGGAGGCGCUGCGUCUGUUCCGGCGAAUAGUGUUGCAGGGGGCGGCGGCACCCUACGACUGCACCACUAUCUCCAGCGCCCUCUCCGCUUGCGCCAAUCUCCCGUCGCUCCGCCACGGCACAGAGAUCCACGGUCACAUGCUGCGGCGGCGUCGCCAGAUCGCUGACAUCUUCACCGAGAGUGCCCUCGUCGACAUGUACGCCAAAUGCGGGGACCUCGCCGCCGCCGGCAAGGCGUUCGACGCCAUGGAAGCCAAGAACGAGGUCUCCUGGAACAGCAUCAUCGCCGCUUACGGCUCCCACGGGCAUCUCCCGCAAGCCGCCGUCCUCUUCGAGGGGAUGCUGGCGGCGGGAUUCCUGCCGGACCACGUCACCUUUCUCUCCCUGCUCUCGGCCUGCGGUCACGCCGGCGAGGUCGAGCGCGGCUUCCAGUUCUUUCGGCGAAUGGCGGAGGAGUUCGCCAUCGCGGCCCGGAUGGAGCACUAUGCCUGCAUGGUGGACCUCUUCGGCCGCGCAGGCCGGCUGGAAGAGGCCAUGCGCUUCAUACAGGCGAUGCCAUUUCCAGCAGACGCCGGCGUGUGGGGGGCGCUGCUCGGCGCUUGCAGGAUGCACGGCGGUGCCACCGAGUUCGCCGAGCUCGCCUCUCAACACCUCCUCCGGCUGGACCCCUGCAACUCCGGCUACUACGUCCUCAUGGCCAACGUCCACGCGGUGGCUGGCCGCUGGGAGGGGGCAUCCAAGGUGAGGAACUUGAUGAAGGAGCGGAGGGUGCAGAAGCCCCCCGGUUGCAGCUGGAUCGAGAUGGCCGGCGGCCCAGCCGCCCGCGUCUUCGUCGCCGCCGACACCGCCCACCCGGAGUGUCCGAUGAUCUACUCUCUUCUGAGGGUUCUCCUCCUGCAACUCGGAGAAGAAGGCUACGUGCCUCAAACUAGCUACUUAUAG